AUGUUUCUCCUCUUAGCUGUCCUGCUGAUCGUCACACCUGCAUUAACUUACUAUGUCUCCACAACGUUGUUCUACCAAAAUGCGAAACAUACCGCAUCAGGGAGCAGGCCCCCAACAAUUCCGUAUCUGUUCCCAGGGGUUUUCCAUGCUUUCAGUAUAGCAUAUGACGGACCGCAGAAGUACUUCGCGAGGUUACUCAAGGACUAUGGCAGCUUCGCACCGUUUGCCGUCAAGGCGGGCUUGCAGCCCUUCAUUGUUCUUCGAGAUCCGGAGCAGAUGAAGCAAGCUAUCCAAGCAUAUGAGAAGCGAAAUCCAGUCAUCACCGGGAAGAAUAUGUACGAGAUCAUUCUGGGUUCUCCUCAAGCUGUAGCAAAUCUAUACACCAAUGCGGCCGUCGAUCAAGGAGCCAUCGAGCGUGCGCGCAUAGCAUCAACGCAAAAGUACCUAGAAGGAGAGUCCUUGAGAACCUUGACCGACCUCUACGCUGCAACUCUUUCGCGCAAUCUGAAUAACAAGAUGUUUCAAGUCGGCAGCUGGACACAGAUAGAAGACAGCUGGUCGUUUUUCCAGCAAGUCCUCACAAGGUGUUCUAUGGAGACCCUCUUCGGUUCAGCAAUCUUCAAGCAAUAUUCUGGACUCAUCAAGGACUACUGGAAAUUUGAAGAUGCCAUUGAGGGCUUCGUGCCGGGGAUGCCAUGGUUCACAAAUUCAACGGCAUAUAGGGAGCCACGCGAUCGACUAUACAAAGGCGUCGAGAAGUGGUUGAAAGCUAACCAUAGCGGCACGGAAUUUGCAAAGAUCGGUAGUGACGACAUGGAUUGGGAUGAACAUAAGGGAUCCAAAUUCAUUCAAGAACGCGAUGACUUACUUGCGAAAGCCCCGUUACCUCUUGAAGCUAGGACAGCUGAGAUGUUGGACAUCAUGCACCGCUCGAAUGUUGAUCUGGUUCCUUCCGCUGUGUGGUCAAUAAUAGAAGUUUUACGCAAACCGUAUCUGGCGGAACGCAUCACUACUAUCGUCUCUGAGCGACAAUCGUCGAAGAUGACCACAUAUGACGUCAAUGGGGUUGCAGCCUUGCCCCUCGUUCAAUCAUUACAGGCGGAAAUAAGCCGCCUCCGUGUCGCACAAUACAUGACAUGUGCCAACGAGUUCGCCGAAGUUUCCAUCGGUAGCCAAUGGAAACUACCUAAGGCAUGCAACACAAUUUCCUUCUCGCAUGAUAUCGCACUGGAUACCAAGGCCUGGGCAAAUGCACGGCCACGUACUGUUGAGAAACCGUUAGAUGAGUUUUGGCCUGAACGCUUCUUGAUCCCCGAUGAUAAUGGACCCAAAGUGCGAGGCCAACGGAAGAGCGGAACCCGUGUCGAGAAUGGAAGGUUCGAUGCGCAGAACCUCGAGCUGCUGGCCCCUAUCUUUUACGACCGACAAAGCUUUGGAAUUGCUAGCGACUAUACCAGAGCCAUACAAGCAGCCACUCUGGCUGUCGUCAUGAGUGAAUUUGAGGUACAGUUAUGUGACCCAGAGGCGACCGAUGCUGCGAUGCCUGUGCUGCGAGAGUCCGCUUUUGGGCAGCUCCGACCACAGGAACGAAUAGCUGUGCGCAUACGCAAACGCAAACUUGGGAAAGGACAAUGA